AUGAGUCAUCCCUCUCUCAUAUUUGGUGCUGCAUCCUUUGGGAUGGAUUUCAGCACCAAAGAAUCCGUCCAAGAUGCUCUCGAAGUUUUGAAAGAGUUGAAUAUUUCCCAGAUCGAUACCGCAGGAAGAUAUCCACCCACAAAUCAUGGAAGAUCCGAAGAGCUUCUUGGAAGAGUAGGAGCUACAUCUCAAGGCUUUUCUAUCAGUACGAAAAUUCUUGCUACAAAGCUUGGCUACGGGAGCGGUGAACUCGAAGCUUCGGCUAUAAAGAAGUCGCUUGAUACAAGUUUUAAGCGUUUGGGCGUUGAUCAGGUCGAUAUUUUAUACUGUCAUCAACCUGACCCGACGACUCCAUUGAAGGACCAAGCAGAAGUCCUCAACAAUCAUUUCAAAAAUGGGUCCUUCAAGAGACUCGGAGUCUCCAACUUCCCCCCUAAGUUACUCCAAGAUUUCAUCCAGGUAUGCGAGGAAAAUGGCUUCGUGAAACCGUCUGUAUAUCAAGGAGAUUACAAUCUCAUAACUCGAGGCAUGGAGAAAGAAUUGCUCCCUAUCUUCCGAGCCAAUUCGAUGUCUUUCUUUGCGUUCAGGCAGGUCGCUUGUCUUCUUCCUAUUCGACCUACUACUAAUCAAAAUCAUAUCAGAGCUCUAGCGGCUGGUUUCCUGACCGGAAACUACAGCGCGGGAAAAUCCAACGGCACCAGAUUCAGCGACGAUCAUCCACUCGGAAAAGCAUUCCAAAACCUCUACGGAGCUCCUAAAUUGCAACAAGCGAUGAAGGAUCUAGAGAAUAAUUUAGCACCAUUAGGUAUCUCUGGAAGAGAAGCCAGCUUGAGAUGGAUUUAUCAUCAUUCGAAACUGGGAGAUGGGGAUGGGAUUAUUCUGGGUGCUAGCAAAAUUUCUCAGAUAAGAGAGAAUGUUGAGAGUAUAUCUGUCGGACCGCUGUCUGAGGAAGUGGUGCAGAAGAUCGAAGGAAUUUGGGAUUUGUUGGCUGAGGAUAGAGGUGGGAUUUUGUAG